CGUGUAGUGGAGGUCGCUUUGACUGUCCGUGAGGCACGGAAGUCACUAAACACAGAAACUCUACCGCCAAAAGCGUUUCGGCGGUGUAAUUGCAGCGCGACUCACAUUCCUACCCACAACUAUGGAUUAUCGGCCCCUUAUUAAGCAUACCUACGGCGUAGCUUCGAGGCUGAAGCAUGAAUUGGGCACUAUGCCCCGUUUCAUAAACAUCAAAGCUCGGAAUUUCCAACCCACGAGACGGAAGUUGCAACUGGAACGCCCCAUCAAGUCGGCUAGGAAGGUCUGAGGAACCUCACCACCCCCAGCUUCAAAAUCCAAGAUGGCCCUUCCGGAUACCAACAGUAGUGAAAGCUAUAGUUUUUACUGUGUCGGACACAUAGAACCGUCCAAUCUGUAGACGUUUUCCUACGGCGUUACGAGGGCCGAGCUUAAUGGAACACGGCCCUAGUAAUUGAAGGUUUGGGUUUUGUCGUCACCGUGUUGCUUGCUUGCUUGAAAUGAUAACUGUUGACGUUCAUUUAGCAGAUGUUUCUUCUAAAUACUACUGGAAACAAACCAGGGACUAUAGCCUUCAAUUCAAAAGAGACACUCAUUAUACCCACGUCAAGUAUGCUUUCUUGGUCUGUUUGCGCGUUGUUAGCGGGGUUUUUGAGUGCGGCCGCGUCUCUGUCUGCAAAGCUUUCCCUUGGUGCGGACUACAUAAGAGAUGUGUGUAGCUUAACGAUGGAAAAAUACGGUGGAACUACAGAUUGUGACUGGCUUCACGCCCCCCUGCGGCUGCUGUGUGGAGCUCUGCUGUUCACCUGCAACACUGUCAUGUGGACGUUCUUCUCUAAGGCUCUCCGACUCUGCUCCUCUACAGCCAGAGCUACAGUGAUUACCACUGCGUCCAAUUUCAUUUCCUCAGCCCUCCUGGGAAGGCUGAUUUUUGGAGAGACGCAUGCUGUUCUAUGGUGGACAGGCAUCUCUGUCACUCUGUGUGGACUGUUGGUGCUUCAUGUAUCCACACCUCAGUCUCCCCAUCAGGGGGAGGGAAAAAAGAAAGAGUAAUGGCAGUAAUUUAACUUGUCCCAAUUGUGUGGCCUCUGCUCUUCAUUCACGGUCACAAAAAACCUUGGUCAACCAGGAUGUCUUCAUUGACAAACUGUGACAGGAUAAUGGAAACUUUUCAAGUUUAAAUUUUUUUAUAUUUUAUUUUAAAGCUUUUUUGGGGUUGGUGACAAAAACAUCAAACAGACAGUUGACAAACUUUAACAUUUAAACAUGGAAAACAUAGAUAACAAAGGAAUAAAAUAUUAAAAUAAAUCUAAAUAACAAAACAACAGAUUGCUGGCAGAUAUGAUUUCAUUCUUCCUACAUCCAUACUUGGAGGAAAGGUGAGGACAUUGAAUUUCCUUCCUUCCUUCAAAACUAGUAUUUUGGUAACAAUUAUCCCAACAUCAGGGAUUGUUGCAUACAAUGCCUAUGAAAAGUAUUCACCCCCCUUGGAUGUUUCACCCUUUUGUUGCUUUUAUAGAUGUGAUCAUGGUCAAUAUAAUUGAAAAAAAAGCUUAUUUCAUAUCAAAGUGAAAACAGAAUUAAUUUCAAUUAAUAAAAAAUACUUAGUGUAAAAUAAUUGUUUGUAUAAAUAUUCACCCCCUUUAAAGUGACUGACCUAAUUCAACAGAGGUCCAGCUAGUUGAUGCCAGCAGUGUCACAAUUAGUGAAAUGGAGAUCGCCUGAGUGCAGUUGAUGUGUGUCAAGUGAUUGUAGUAUAAAGACAACUGUCUGGGAGGUCCAGUCUCUAGUUCAUCAUGAAGACAAAAGAACACUCCAAGCAACUCAAAGAAAUGAUCAUUGAAAAGUAUGAGUCAGGAGAUUGCUACAAAAAUAUUUCCAACUCACUGGACAUCCCACAGAGUUCAGUUAAAUCCAUCUUUAAGAAAUGGAAGGAGUAUGGCACUUUGAUUAAUAAAAACAAACUUGAUGGGAAAAUCAGCGUAUUUCUACGCAAACUCUGACCCAUGCGUACGGAUGUUUUGGAGAUAAGAAAGUGGCGAUGCAGACGUGAGGUGGUGAAGUGCAGUCAGAUUAUUGAUCCAAUUCAUAAUUUACAUUAAAACCAACAUCUUAGUUUUGCUCGCGCAACAUAUCUGCUCCACACAUGCUUUUUAAUUUGAAAAUAUAUAAAACAACUUAAAGCAAAUUACGUUCAGAUUCGAUUUAACAGCCGAGUUACGGAGCCGAGUCAUUAAUAGUUUUAUUAAUAUCUUAUAACCAGUGUUGGUCAAGUUACUUCUAAAAAGUAAUUAGUUACAGUUACAAAUUACUUCUCCCAAAAAGUAAUUGAGUUAGUAACUCAGUUACCACAUUGUUAGAGUAAUUAGUUACUCAGCAAAGUAACUGUGGCGUUAUUUUUCAUGUUUUAUAACGCUGUUACGUUCUGUAACAUCUUUAACGUCAAAGAUGUUUAUAUUAACUGAUUGAAGAAUAAAAACACUAUAUAAAGUAUUUUAGAACAUUUGGUAUUUAUUUGAACUCAAUAGAUUGCAGCCUGCCAUAUGAUGCAUAGAAUUAAAACAUAUAAAAAUAAAUAUUGAAAAUAAAAUUCAAGUGCAAAUGUAAACUUGGGUAAAAAGAAACAAAGGAAAAUCUGGCCAUUAAGUAGUGCCAUUAUCUGUACUUGUAUACCAUUGCACAAUAAACAUAACACUAUCCAACUCUUAAAUAUUCAGUAGAGUAACAAAAUUAAAUAUUGAAAAUAAAAUAAUAUUCACACACUUUGCAUUCAAGUACAAAACCAAAUACCCAAAAAAGUAAACUUGGGUAAAAAAGAAACAUUCGAAAAUUUGACCUUUAAGUAGUGCAAUUCUCUGAACCUGUAUACCAUUGCACAAUAAACAGAACACUAUCCAACUCUUAAAUAUUCAGAACAGUAACAAAAUGAAAUGUUAAAAAUAAAUAAUAUUCAGCUAUUCACACUUUGCAAUCAAGUGCAAAACACGCAAAUGUAAACUUGGGUAAAAAGUAACAAAGGAAGAUCUGGCCAUUAAGUAUAGUGCAAAUCUCUGUAAAAGAAACAAUCGAAAAUUUGACCUUUAAGUAGUGCAAUUCUCUGAACCUGUAUAUUAUUGCACAAUAAACAGAGCACUAUCCAACUCUCAAUGUAGCUUAACAUGUUGUUCAUUCUCAGUGAAAAUGAUCAAUGCAUUAAUCUAUCUAUACUGAAAUACUCCUCUCAUCUAACAAUUAAACCAGUGGUUGUAACGUAGGAGGAGAAGCUUUUCAAAUCUUUUGUGCGACAGCCUGUUCCUCUUCGGAGAGAAAACAAGUUUGCCCAGGCUGAACAGUCUCUCAACAGGUGCACUAGAUGGAGUAGCAGCAUUGUAACGUAGUGAAAUUUUCUUGAUGAGAGAAAAUCCACACAGAGAGUUUAAGUUUUGUUCUGAAGAUCUAAUAUAGUCUGCCACCUGGUUUUCUGCUGAAGAGGUGUCCUCAUCCUCCUCAAAAGCAAAGAAAUCGCUCUCUUUGGCUGAAUCUGUGUGAUGUGAAGAUGUGCUGCUGGUACCUGGCUGUGGUUCUUCAUGGACAAUUUUACGGCACUCUGCCAGCAUACUUGCCUUAGCCUUAUCCUUUAACUCCUGUGACCGCAGCCAGCGAAGUUUGAAUUUUGGAAGAGUUACGGCAGCAAGUAUCGCCUCUUCAUUUCCCAGGACAUAAGCAAAUCUGGUUUUGAUAGCCUGAAAUUAUAAAAAAUAAUCACAUUAAAUGUAUGGAUCAACACAAAUCAGUGUUAUUAUUAUUAUUAUAAUUAGUAGUAUUUAUUAUUAUGAGUACUCAGCAAUGUUCACUUAAUAAAUAAAAAGUAUUCAAUUCAUGGGUUCUUACUUUGACUAUGGCGUCAGGAAGGUCCCUCAGUAUUUGCAGGCCACUUUUAAGGGCUUCUGUCUUCAGCAUUAAUGUCUCCAUCGUUGGUAGGAGUGUACCAUGAAAACAGUUGUCUUCUCCCUGAAGUAUAUCUAAAGCAACUGUAAGGGGCUUCAUCGCAGUACAGUACUCCUUUAAAAACUGGCGUUCCCUUUCUGUUAUCGCUGUCAGUCCUAAUUUGGAGGAGAUGGUGUUAAGGUCUGCCAUGGAUAUUCCACAGAUUCGAGCCAGGGCAUCAUAGAAGGAAUUCCAUCGUGUUGUACAAGGUACAAGCAGCUUUUUUGACACCAACUCAUCAACUGUUUCAGCAGCCAAAGAUGAUCGACUAGUCUUGUUCCAUAGGGCAGUACAUUUGGCAGUAGCACUUCUGUAAACAGCCUUUGUUGCAGGUUGCGACAGCAGCCAUUUGUCAACAUCUGUGCAUGAAAUCAAGUUUAGUGUGUGUGAUGCACAUCUCUUGUGGGGGGGCAAAGUGAUCACAACAUCAGGAUCAUCAGCAGUUGCAUGUAGAGCAUCAUUAAUGUCUGUAAAUGUCACCUCAUCUUCAUCUUCUUCAGAAUCACUCAAGUGGCUGGUACCUCUUAAAUGCUUUAACGAAAUUAGAGCCAUUAUCAGUCACUGUUGCUGUGAUUUUGUGUGUUAUCCCAUAUGUUGAGUGUAUAUUGUCAAGCUCAACUGCAAUGGCGUCAUGAGUAUGAUGUCCCUUAAACCGUCUGCAGGCAAGAGCUGCUUUCUCUCUUUCCAUGUUAUUUGGAUUGAUCCAAUGUGCUGUCACACCCAUGUAACUUUUAUUGUGGGCAGUCCAGAUGUCUGCUGUAGUUGAAAUGUACUCUAAUUCAUCCAAUGACUUUUUGAGCUCAAUAUUCAUUUUUUCGUAUUCACUGUCGAUGAAUUUAGCAAAAGUGUUUCGGCAUGGGGCAACCCCCUGUCCUCCUCCUCGUAUUGGUAUUUUUGCAAGGAUAGCUCUGAAUGACUUUGACUCCACAGUGGAUAGGGGUAGCAUGUUUCCAACAACAUACCCUGCAAUCAGUGUGUUCAGCUCGGCCUUGGUCACCUGUUGCUGAUGCUGACCCGAAAAAUCGAGGGUUGUUUGAGUGUCUCCGUUUCCUUCUCUGGAGCUCACGCUAGCUUCUUUUGGGCUUGGGUUAGCAGCUGCAGCAGCAACAAGUGUCAUGUUCGCAUGGGUUGAUGUAGGGUGCUUUAUUAGAUUUGAAUUACUUGUGGCAGACGUGGAUAAAGUUUUUUUCCCUGGGCAUAGCGUGCAUGAUACAUAGACAUUUUUGCCUUUAAUUUCCAAGAGUGAGAAGUAGUGCCGGUACUUACAGUUAUUGAACGCUACUUUUGAAUUUCCCUGGCUCGUCGCCAUUGUCGCUGUCUUGAGCUGUAGUCAGAGCGUGCAGUGAGACAGCGUGAGCAGGGCAUCCGCGCGCCCACCCAGCCAAUCAUCAUCGCGUUUGCAACGGUGUCGUCAUCCCCACGCCCUGCUCUCUCCACGCAGCUGGGGUGUAAUAUGACACCGUGUAAAGGUCACCUGAGUGCACUUUAUGUAUCGGAAAAGGUAUAUAUAUUAUUAGUCAGACACCUUCAAAUUAUAAGAAUGAGGAUAUGGAUCUGUGUAUGUAUUUGUUUAUGAUUUGUGUGAUGAUGGUCAUAUUGUUUUAUGUAACCCAAAAUGUGAUAAAUAUGAGGAAGUGACGUACCAGCAAGGGCUGUCUAUCUGAAGGUGUGUGGUUUUUUUGGAGCUGCGGGCUGGCGGUGCGGCCAGAGGUUCGACUGCCAGAAGAUCUUAUACGACUUGCAUGGAUUUUUCUCAGCGAACGGGAUUAUUGCCUGGGAGUCGCGUAUCGGAUUACUUCAAGGACUGAACAUUUUCUGGGCACUGGAAGGGGGUGAGAAAGCGUGGACUUGGUUUGAUUUGUUUGCGACACUCACCUCGCUCACCUGCAGGCAUUUUUGUUUGGGACGUUUUGUUUGGGGAUUAUAUUAUGGACCUGGGGGGGAAAUAUUGAUGUGUUGAAUGUGUGUAAAUAGCGUGUUUAUGUUUACGGGGCCGCCAUGGUUUGCGGGAUCGAGCACGGGGAUAUGUGGGAUUGAUGUGGGUUUUGUUUAAAUACACUUAUAAUACGCAACCUUUUUGUGUCGAAUUCGUUUAUAUUUAUAUUUAUUUAAUUAGGGGUUAGACCGAUAACAAGGUAAUCGGUCCAACCAGGGAUCUUGAGUUUAUAAUAACUUGGUCGGGCAGCGCGCAAGGUACACAGCGGGUCGAGUCCGCCCGUGUCCUUAAAAUUAAAAGCGUAGAGCAUUUCACCUGGGGUUUGAACAGGGUGAUUUGUUACAACCGCACGCUUCAUUCAACCAAAUUGUAGUAACGCGCCACUUUACAUUAUCAAUAACGAUAACGGUGUUGUAACGAUGACAAAAGUAAUUAAUUAGAUUACUCCGUUACUGAAAAAGAACUCCGUUAGUAACGCCGUUAUACUUAAACGCCGUUACUCCCAACACUGCUUAUAACACUAUGCGUGUAUCAUCAUAUCACUGGAGUGAACGUGACUGUGCCAUCAGGAGCACAGAGCACACAGAUCACUUACAAGAAAUGAAGAAACCCAUAAAGUCGCUCUUCACCUCCACCUCACUAACAGAUGCCUCGAUGUCAGUGUCAGAAAGUUUCACUUCUUCCUUCUCAUCGCCUGAUGCCGUGACUCCGUCAGGACUCACGGGGGAAGCCCAUUGGUCAGCAGCGUCAUUUUAUAUUCGUGCCGUGCUUUGCAUUGACCAUUUAUGGUUGAAAGUGGGCGUGUGGAUGGCGGAUUUGGAGGCAGAUCCACCUACGAAAGUUUUCAGGUGGACUGUGAUUUAUAAAGCGAACAUUGCGUUCGGGUGUGCGUGCCCACGGUUUUAUAAAUUGGAAUUAUCUUUUGCGUACGCCAUUUUCGGCUUUUGUUAGUACGUACACUUUUAGUAUGAAUCCUAUGCACUCUUUUAUAAAUGAGACCCCAGGUUAUUAAGGUCUUUUCAGUUACUUUUCAACUACAAAAUAGUUUUCCGCCAUACUUAGUUUUUUUCUACUACAUGACAUAUUCAACAUAUAAACAUUUAAUUGUUGUUAAGAUAAUUUUCACUAUGUAUUCUGCUGUAAACUGCACACAUAAGCAGGAAAUAGGCGAGACCUUGAAUAUCUAGAAGAGCUGCGUGGUAUUUGUGGCUGAACCCCAGCUGAUUUGGCCACUUUAAUUUGUUCCGCAACCGCAGCCAGUGAGACACAGACGUUAACAUUCUGUAGUGAUAAUUUUGCUAGAGAUAUGAUUCUAAGGUUUUAAUCUGCUUGAAUAUUUCCAUGAUUAUUCACACUAUCAACGGAAUGAGACCACCAUUUAAAAGAUUUAAAAUAAUACACAUACAUUGGAAGAUGAUGGCUAAAUAUACAAAUUAGAAAAUACAUUAGCAAUAUCAGUUUAAUAAAAUUAUUUGGAUACAAAUUUCAGUGAAUAUCAAUCGAUUGAUUCAGCCACUUUUAAGUACUUCGAAAUUUAAUGAAUAAAAUAAUACAAAAUAAAUAAUAAAAGAACAGAAACAAACACAGGGUUUUUAAGGGCCUCUCUCCCCUUUGGGGCCCUGGAAGGUCAGUUCCACUCUUUCCCCCACUAGGACACCCCUGCAUAAAUGAGUAGUAUCUAUCUUCUCAUUUAACUCACUUGAAAAACUGAACAGAAUUUAGUUUGAUUCAAGCAAUGGUUUUGAUAUACAUACAGGUAGCACAGUACUGCUUAUGCACCAAUGUGAACAUAUACAUCACAUGAAGACAUCACUUUCACAAAUGCUGUAGGUGCAGCCUGUUGAUCUCUUUACUUUGAGCAUGCAACAAAACUAAUUUGAGAUUUACACAAUAACAGAUGCAAAUCACAAACUAUUCUAUUUAAAAACAAGCUGUUUUGUUUAUAAAGAUCAGACAUUACGUUUACUGCAUGUGUCAAAUGAUUUUGGUCAGCCAUGAUUUGGUGACCAUAUCUGAGGUAAUUGUUUAACUAGCUUAGUUAGACAACAAUUCUUGAAUUGAAAAUCUGAGGUAUGAACAGAACCAAGGAUUUGGGGAAUCUUUUAAUGCCUACUUUAGGCAUUACAUCUAGUGGUCAUUGGUAACCUAAAUUGUGCAGAAGAUCUUCAAACAUACAAGGGAUAUUCAACAUCUCUUCCUAUAUUAAAAAAAGGAGCACUAUUUAAUUUAUCUAAGCUCACGGUCUAAAGCACAUUGGGGUUGGUGCUAUCAGUCAUGUUCAAAUCCAUGCAAAUCCAAAUCAAAUCCACGCAACCAGGCACCAGGCACAUUGUUCAAAAGCAUUGUAGUUUUCCUAUGAAAUCAUUGGUUAGUUGCAAACACUAAUGUCAUGUCAUUAGGCAUCAGCAGAUUGCCUAAGGUCAUAAUUGACAAUUUACCAGAUAAAUGAGAAUGCUUUUGAAGAGGAAUAGGGUUCAUUUUGUGCACAUCUUAUGUAUGUGUGUGUGUGUAACAAGCAGAGUGUGCAUGGCACACAAUGUGUUUCUGGCUAUGCCACUAAAUAUUAAUAUUCUAAAAAUGUGGAUCUGGAUAAGAAUUGUUUGGUCAAUUGUGCAAAUACUGCAAUUGCUGCUGCCUAAAAAUAUAGAAAUGCACCAACAAGGUGUCUGACCACACUUGCUUUUAAGACAAACACACCCAUGGUAAUUUGUAAAAUACAGAUUUAAUAUGAACUUUCAAUUAAGACAAAUAUGUGAUUAAACCCACAAAGUCAUACAACACAGGUAGGUAAAAUAAUGUAAACAUUAUCAAACAUCAAGCACCCAUUAAAAAUGUAAACACUCUUAGCCAGCAGCCUCUUUCUAGCUCACUCAAUUACAGAGGAGAAACUUCUAACUGAAGACAAUUACCCUCCAUUUUGCACAGGAGUGAUAAAAAGGAUAAUGGAAACUCAGACACAUAUGCCAUAGCAUAGAUCAGAAGUUGAACAAUAUGCAAAGUAUGUUACAAUUAAACAUUUUCUCAUGAAAGACCGAUAAGGCAUAAGGUGAAUACAAAUCCUCAGAGACAAUGAAGCAGAGUUGUAAAAAGACGUUUUCAGACAUGACCUCUAAAGGAACUCUGGAUAAUUGGGUCUUGCUCAAGAGGUUUCCUAUUAAAAAUGAACAACACUUAAGGAGAUUCUCUGCUCAGGUGUGUUCACAACAGCGACAAAUUCCAUGGAGUGUUCAGAUUAGGGGGGGUGCAGCAGGCAGGAAGUAACAUCUAAAUUCUGCUGCGGAGGUAGAAUCAACACCAGCAUCGGCCCAUAUCACCAAUAACUCUCUUGACCUCUUCAUCUGUGAGUUCUAUUUGUAUGGCUCCACUUUGUCAUGCUGAGAUAUUUCUCAGCAUGAUCAACAUCAUCAACCUCUCUGUCGCUUAUGUAUUGGUCUCCUGACGUGCUCCAACUUUAUACAAGGUGGCCAGAGAGAGAAAGUCUGCAGAAACUCCAGAGGCUCUCACUUGGACAUUUGCGUCUGCAGCCUCUCUGCCUUUAUUUUAUCAGAGACUGCAGGUCUGGCAGCAGGAAUUUACUGAUCAUUGGAUUCUCUCUUACGGUGUGUGAAGGUACAGUGCAUUUAGAAAAGUUCACACACAAUUUAUAUUAAACACAUUAUAUUAGAUAUAAUAUAUUCUAAUAUAUAUUUAUAUACAUGUAAAUGUUAAAUUCCAGAAAGGUGGUUUCUACAUUAGAAAACGUUGGAAACCAAGAGAUUUUCAUGUGCCAAUGGAGCAGCUCUUUCAGACUAAGAUUUUUUUUUUUCUCCAGUGCUAGUUGAGCGAUAUCUCUAUGAUGUCCUCCUUGAUUAUGUCCCCUUGUGUGGCGGUGUUGUGCUCUAGAGGACUCGUCUUGCAACUCAGCCCUGUGAAGGGGCUGCACCAGGAAAAGGAGAACGGGCCUCCAAAGGCCAUUUGCAUGGCCUCCCAGCACGGCACCUUCACCCACUUCCCUGUCUCGCCCUUCAGACGCUCGAUUGCCUGGAGAAGACACAAUGAGUCUGAUGGUGAAAGGAGCUGAGUCACAAGGACUAACUGUGAACCUUCUACAUAUAAUCAAUCACACAUGGGACACAGAUGACGGUACUAUAAAAACUGCAGCAAACAAUCAUGGUUUAGCUUCGUGGGCUAGCUUCUCAGACACACGUGAAACGAACCAGACUAAAAAUAGCAUUGAUAAUUAAAUUAUUGAACAGGCAAUAAUACUCAUUUGCUGUAUGUAUGUUUAAAAGAAAUUGUUGCUGAGUUUAUUCCUUCUUUCCAUUUUGGCCAACAGCAAUCCUGUCCUAGAGUGACUAUACUGCAAAAAUUGACGAACAAAAUCUGUAGUCCUCUUAAUUUUUUUCCAGGUCCACUAAAAAAAUGCAAUACAAAAACAAUUGAAAAAAAUAUUUUGAUCUAAUAAGGGUGGGUGAAGGAAUCAUUACAGAUGUUGCUUUAAGGGAAUACGAAUGUCUGACUUUCCUAAAAUCCCUAUCGAGAAUAAUUUUACCAGACUGAAUUCACUUGUUUUCUAAGAAACAGGCCCAAGAUUAAUUUAAAUCACAAAACUGCUCACGUGCAACUUGAAAUUGAUUAAUAAUUGGAAUAAGAAACCGUACAAAAUAUUUUUAAAAAACAGCAGAAGCGAUACAGAGGUCACUCAUUCAAACAUAUGUUUAGUUGAAUCUAAAACUGAAAGAAAAAAGAAAAGAAAUAAGUAGUGCACUUUGACCUCAUGAUUGAAAUCAGCACGCUUAUGAUGUGUUUAGCUUGAUGGGAUUUUUUAACAUGAUCUCUUAUCCAAGCUUACCUCUGUCAAUGUUUAAAGAGCCGUCUGCUUCAGAAAGCUUUUGGCAGAGUGCGUUAUCAACCAAAGCAAAUGCAUGAGAGUGGAGAGAACAUUGGGAGAAAAGGGUCAGAUUACAAACAGUAAAGUGGGAGAAGGGUAAAAGACAGAAGUGAAAUUUAACAAUGAAAGGGUGAAUGAGUAUAGGAGUGUGUUAGGGGAAAGUAAAAAUAAAAUGUUUUAAACAUUAUUUAAAUAUUGAAAAACACAGUUAGCUAUUACAAAUAAAGUGGGCAAACAUAGUUAUUUUAUUGCAAUUGAGAAACAAUGAUUCUCUGUGCCUGUGCUGAAAAUAUCUCCAGAAUAUUUGGACAGAAUUCAAAUUUCUAAAGAAAAUUGGACAAAGAACAGAGGUAUAAAAUACAGAGAUCGGUUCACAUAGGUGAACAUUUUAAAUGAUACAGUGUGCCGAUGUAAGUAUUAGUGUAAAUGUGAACUGUAAGUGUCAAGUUAAUACAAUUUUGGAGGCUUUGAAGUCCAUUACAAUCCAGAUGCUGCUUAAUAUGCUCUAUCUAUACAGAAGUUCAAUUUUUUUUUACACAGGUUCUCUUUAACAGGAUUUUAAACUUUUCUCCAGUCGAGAUAAUUGUAUAGCCAAGACUCUUUUUUUUUUAUCCUUCAUUGAAUAGAAUUGGUGUUACUGCAGUAGGCCAAGCUUUUCUCCAAAAAAAAGAAGAAAACAGAGAAAAUCUGUUACUGCAGGAAGAUAAGCUUUUCUAUGAAAAUUCAGAUACAGAUACUAUAAGUUGACAUUGGAAUUUUGCCCACAAAAGGCCAUUAAAUUUCCCAGAUUAACAGUGCAAAAAUGUCUCAACAAAACAAGGCAAAGCAAAGCAAGCUGGCAAACAGAUUUUCUUUGGAGGAAAAAAAAAAUACUUUUUUAUCUUCAAUCAAAAUGAUUGACAGCUGUGGCUGAGGAGGUGGAUCAGGGACACCUCCAGCUGUGCCUGGUGGGUAUUUUACAACUGUGACAGAGGGAGACAGGAAUGCUGCACACAGGAUUGUGGUCCUCUGAAAGUCAAAAGAACAGAGCGAAUAGCCCCACAGAAAAGCAGGGGGGGAUAGUAAACGUAUGUGUCCAUCAUUAAAGAGAUCUUUAAGCUGAAAGCUGUGUGCUCUGUACUGAGACAACUGACCAUGGUAACCACUUGGUUACAGCAGCCUUCUAUGUUCUGUUUUUUUUUUUCAUUUGUAGAGUCAGACCUUAUUUUGUAAUUGCUGUGUAUUCUAGAUUGAGAUGUAUCCAUCUGAAGUGUGGCAUAAAAACACAGGCUGAUCAUAAUAAUAAUGGAAUCAGAUAAUGGUGGUGGACCACAACCGAGGUGGCAUCUGAUGAUGGAUCCUAAUUGGCGGCAGUGGACAAUGACUGUGGACUAUAGUGGAUCCGAUCUUGAUGGUGGAUUAUGAUCUUGCUGGCUGCUGACCAUAGACUAUGAUUGCAGCAGGACUGCUUGAAAUAUAGUAUUUCUCCUCAGAUACUUGACCUUCAAGUAUCUGACCUUCAGUUAUCCUUCAAAUGUCUACCCUCAUCAAUGCUGCUAAAACCUUUAUCCUGAUUAUGUUUUCCUCUACACUUGACAUCUAUUGCUCUUCUGUCCGUCCUGGGAGAGGGAUCCCUCACAUGUGGCUCUCUCUGAGGUUUCUACGUAUUUUAACCCUGUUGAAAGGGUUUUUAGUAGUUUUUCCUUACUCUUGUUGAGGGUUAAGGACAGAGGAUGUCACACAUGUUAAAGCCCUAUGUGACAAAUUGUCAUUUGUGAAUAUGGGCUAUACAAUUAAAAUUGGAUGAUUGAUAAAAUUCAGAGAUCAUUUAUGCAGAUGUGACCUAUCUAUAUAUUAAAUAACGUUUCGUAAACCUCUGUUAAUGAUGUUUCUGACACGCAACAGAUGGAAACAUGAAGACCCCGAUGAAGAUGUCAAGACAGUUUGUGGCAAUGUCAGUCGAAGCUGGUGUCGAUGUGUAAACAAAGGCAUGUAAUCUCUGAAGCAGAAUUCAUUGCUGUACCACCCCUUACCUGUAUCAUGUAAACGAUUGGUUCCUGUUGUGGACGUGUUUAAGCAGAGUCUCUCCCACUGUGAUGUGCAUGUGUGAAAGGAGCCCCGAAUUGUCUUAAAAACUACUUAUGUAACUUGUGCUGAGUAACAGCUCUGAGUUGUUGACGUUAUGCAGUUUUUCCAUGUACAGAGAACACAGCCCUUCAAUCUCUCAUUGCGUAGCCACACUCACUUAACUGAAACAAGGCCUGAACAGGAAGUGCAGUCCCUGAAACAAAUACAGCGAACUCUGUUCGCCCUGUUCACACCUAGUAUUAACACCCAUCCUGAGGGAUUCAAUCACAAGUAGAGAGCAUUAAGUAUGUGUCACAAUUUACAUAAAAUGCAUCCUAAAUAUGUCUCCUGUGACCACUUGCAAUCAGAUCUCACUUUUCCACUCUAAAUGCAAAUAAUUACAUAUUACAAUUUUUUUUUUCAGUUCAUGUUUUAUCCAGACUGAAUAUGCAGAUGUUACUGUGUGCUUUUUUUGAGUUGGUGUGAGCUAGCAAGCAAGAGGUAGGGAGAGAGGAGUCCGGAGGGGUUGAAUUAAUGUCAUGUAGCUGAGGAGUUUAUCAAUUAAGGAGAACGUCAAUCAUUAUGUUGUGAUAAGGGUUGAUAUUUUUGCUGUGGCUAUAAACAAAAUAUGGGCACUGAGAUGUGUAAUCAUGUUAGAUUCUUUAUUAAAUGUGUAAUUCGUUGUGAAACUGUGGUAGGUAAGAUGAGUAUGCAGCCCUUCCUUCGUGGCCCAGAUUGCAUUUGCAUUCAAUUAGCAAAAAUCUGAUUACAUGCUUCCACCUCCGCAUUUGGCUUGAGUGAUCAGAUCUCAGGACGCAUUUGGGUGCGUUCAGACCUGCGCUUAACUCUUACCACAUGUGAUCAGAUCACAGAUCAGAUGUUGAUAACAUUUCUGAAGAGGGCCAGAGUGAAAACGAGAGAGGCACAACAUCAAGAUGAUUUUCAAGCUGUUUUUGUAUGGUAAAAUUGUUGCAUUUAAUUGUUGCUUUGAAAUAUGCAUUAGUUUGGGUUAGGGUUAUAUGUAUGUAUUGCCAGAAGCAAUGUCCUGUUUGUUGUUCUAUUUUUCUUCUCUGGGAGUAAAUUUGAUACAUUUCGGUAUAAUAUAUAUAUUUUUAAAUGAUAA